AUGGCCAGCAAUGGUGGCCAGUCACCGCAGGAAGCGGUUGGUGGCGCGACCGCACCGGUAGCUCCAGAACCAGACACAACGGGUCCCGCCAUUGAUGAACACAUCGACCGCAACAUCAAAGCCCUCACGAAGACGUUCUCUGACCUGAAGGUGAGAGCACCGGGAGGUCACCGCAAGUACUACUACGAAGUGGACAUCACUUUGCGAUCAAAUGCCGCCGAAGACGUUGACCACAGGUUAGCCACGCGUAUGAAACGCCUGUCCACUGGUAGCUACAGCUCACGCGAGGGACCCAUUGGUGGGGAACUGGAUGACAGCGCCAGUACUGAUGGCAACACCUCUCAGACGUCGUCACGCAAGGGACCAAUUGGUGGAUCCGAUGCACACGAGUGGCAGCCAUUGACGCCCAGAGAGAAGCAGACAAUUGUCUUCCGGAUGGCCAGAGAGUGGCCGCAAGUGUUCCGAAGACACACGCGAUUAGUAUUCUUCGAGUAUACGGGCGGACAGUACUUGUGUUCACACGAGUUGCUGGAUAUCGUGAACAAUGGCUUCGGAACUACUGGUCCACAGGAACCGCAAGCCUCGACCUCAUCAGCAGUGAUGGCCAGUGAUAUCAUAUGGCAAUCGGCGGUUAGGAGGGUCUGUAUGGGCGGUAAGCGUAAGGGACUGGCAGUCGGUGAUAGCGUAAAGUCAAAGGCGCUGUUAAAGGGAACGACAUACGAAGUUCGGCUGACCUACUGGUGCCCGACCCCCGAAGCAGAUAAUCCGUACGAUUGGCAGCGCAUUCAGGCGAAGAAGUCGCGUUUGGGAACAGAUUCUUACGACAUUGACUGCCCAUUAGUGCCGCCAAUGAAACGCCUGUCCAUCGGUCCCACUCACGAGGAACAGCACAUGCGGACAGUUAGCUCUGCGGACAACUACGAGCACUACUACGAGGUGGACGUCGAGCACCUGUCCAUUGAUGGCCACAAACCUCUGGCACUCAGAGACGACGAGAAGAUGAUAAUUGUCGAGCGAAUGGUCGACGAGUGGCCGGAAGUGUUCGCCAAAGAACCCAAAGUUCAAUACAAUUACUACGGCUUGAAGUAUAUGUCGUGCUAUCAGUGGCUGGACAUCAGCGCCGAUGGCCGCUCUACCACUACCGGCCCUCAGCCAGAGGUCACCCGUACGGUGAGGGUUAGGAUGAGUGGUAAGCGGUGGGAGAGUUGGCGCACAGAGACCUUAUGGGAUGAAGAGGUGUUUGUGGUGUCUUUGAGGUACUGUUCACAGACUCCUGGCGCUGACAGCCUGUCCCACCGCUUGCAUGUGGUUAAGGAUCAGUAUUCAGGUGAGGUAGCCGAGACUUUCAACGCUUGUAGUGAUGGAAAUGGCGAUGAGAUGGGAAUGGUAGCUGCGAAGUCAGCUCAAAAUAUUAACCGCCCGUUAGCGCUACCAAUGAAACGCCUGUCCAUUAGCCGCGCAAGUCUUAGAAGUCAGAGACAGAAUGAGGGGACAGUUAGCUCGGAGCACAACUACGAGUACUACUAUGAAGUGGUUGUGCAGCAGCUGUUCAUCGGUGGCUACACACGACUGACACUUCUGGACGCCGAGAAGAUGUCAAUUGUGGCCCUAAUGGUCAGGCAAUGGCCGGAAGUGUUCUAUACUAUGGCGCCUGUAGUUCGAUACAAAUACGAGGGCUCGAGGUAUAUGUCGUGCAAUCAAUUUCUGGACUUUGGAUCCGAGGGCCGGUCGACCAUCAUCUCAAGCGGCCAACCGGUGGUCAUCCGGACGGUUAAGAUUGAGAUGACUGGUCAGCGUUGGAGGAAAUGGCGUUCGGAUGCUAAGCGCUUGAACGAGAUGUUUGUGGUGCGGCUGCGAUACUGUCCCCACAAAACUACAGGCGCUGACAGCCCGCCUAACCCUAUGCCAGUGCCAGUGGAUCAAAGUAUAGGCUUCCAACUGUCGGAGCCUUUAGAGGCGAAGACUAACGGUGCGACUAAUGAGGGGAAUGGCGUUCAGACAUACGGAGGGGUAGGCCUUCAGUAUCACUACUACGAGGUGGUGGUCAAACACGUGCCCACCGAUGAUGGGGACAAUGCGCUGACACUGAGUGCCACAGAAAAGAGGUUGAUAUUCGAGCGAAUGAUCACCGAGUGGUCGGACGUGUUCGCACCGGGAGAUCGCAAAGUGUUUUACUUAUACGAAGGCUACGAGUACAUGCUAUGCAAACAAUGGUUGCCCAUUGAUGUUGCCACGCGUUAUGUCAGUAUAUCGCUGAUACCCCUGUCUACUGAGCAGUCGUUUGAAGUGCAAUUGAAGUACUGGUAUCCAACCGCCGGUAAAACCAAUCCAUUCGGCUUACGCUCAGCAGACAUGUCGUCCCCAUUGGUCCAAACCCCUCCCGUUCCGGUCAGUGCCCAACUACCGCGAGCCGCCGACACUCAAUACCACAAAUACAGGGCUCACAUUAAACACUUGCCAACCGAUGGGACAGCCGUUCCGAGCGCCGGCGCUCCCAAUGUGAACGACUUGCUCACCGAAGCGAUGAUUAAAAGCAACACGUAUUACAUAAUCCGCAAAAUGGGCGCCGAGUGGCCGGAAGUGUUUGGUGACGCCUUGAAGACUAUUGUCCCCGUCGACAGCACCGGCAGCUUCUGGUGCAGCCGACCUCUGGACAACAUACAGGUGUCUACGCCGACCAGUCGUGUGGUGAGCAUAAGUCUGUGCGACGGCAGUGGUGUCCAGACCUUCGAAGUCGAUGUCUAUAAAGCCGUUUACGACUUCCCGUCUGUUCAAGACUUUUCAUGCGAGGGAACGGCUACUCACAAGCAGUCAGUAGGCAAUAGCCGUGCGUUUGAGGAGAUGACUGGCACUCGACACUACCAAUACAAGGCUCACAUCAAACACGUGUCCGACACCCUUACCAUAGCCAGCCCUCAAGUUUACACCAAUGAGCAGAUCAGAGACUACUCGUACCGCAUAAUCACCAAAAUGGCGGUCGAGUGGCCGGAAGUGUUCGGUGACACACGGCUGGCGGCGAAAACGAUUGUCAGCUACGACAGCACCGGUAGUUUCUGCCGCUUCUGGUGCUCGCGCAGUCUCGACACUAUACUGGUGUCUAAGCCGACCAGACGUGUGGUGAGCAUCGAUGUCGGCAUUCAUGGCUCUGUCCAGACCUUCGAACUCGCUUACAGCUCAUAA